CCGCAAAACUUUGGCGCCUUUUUCUUCGCAUGCUCCGUCUCCCCCGGAUCUCUUCUUCUUUCUUCUCCCGUUCAACUUUUUUCGUUUCAAUUCCACCUUCAAAAUGAGCGAGCUUACCCACCCAACCAUUCAGGAUGGCUGGUUCUCUGAGAAGUCCGGCAUGUGGCCCGGUCAGGCCAUGAGCCUGAAGGUCAACCAGAUCAUUCACCACGAGAAGUCCAAGUACCAGGAUGUCCUCGUCUUCGAGAGCAGCGACUACGGCACCGUCCUCGUUCUGGACAACGUUAUCCAGUGCACCGAGCGUGAUGAGUUCUCCUACCAGGAGAUGAUCACCCACCUCGCCAUGAACUCCCACCCCAACCCCGAGAAGGUCCUUGUCAUCGGUGGUGGUGAUGGUGGUGUCCUCCGUGAGGUCGUCAAGCACGCCUCCGUCAAGGAGGCCACCCUGUGCGACAUCGAUGAGGCUGUCAUCCGUGUCUCCAAGAAGUACCUCCCCGGCAUGGCCAUUGGCUUCCAGCACCCCAACGCCCACACCCACGUUGGUGAUGGCUUCGAGUUCCUGAAGAACCGCCAGAACGAGUUCGACGUUAUUAUCACCGACAGCUCCGACCCCGAGGGUCCCGCCGAGAGCCUCUUCCAGAAGCCCUACUUCGAGCUUCUCAAGUCCGCCCUCCGCGAGGGAGGUGUUAUCACUACCCAAGGUUGUUCAUCAAUUGCCUUUUGGCCGCUCACCUCCGUCCUUCCCUUUCCCACCACCCUUUUACCACUCUUUGUUAUUCAAAAAGAUCACCUGGCUAACCCUUUUCGCACCACCCCGCAACCAACCCGCUUGACGGGCUCGGUUUUGCGGAGCUCCGAGAACCAAUGGCUCCACCUUGACCUGAUUGCCGACCUCAAGAAGUCCUGCAAGGAGGUCUUCCCCGUCGCCGAAUACGCCUACACCACCAUCCCCACCUACCCCUCCGGCCAGAUCGGCUUUAUGGUCUGCUGCAAGGAUGCCUCCCGCAACGUCCGGGAGCCCCUCCGCACCUGGUCUGCCGAGGAGGAGCAGAAGCUCUGCCGCUACUACAACCAGGACAUCCACCGCGCUUCCUUUGUCCUGCCCAACUUCGCUCGCCAGAAGCUCAACGCAUAAAUGUCGUGAUAUCUUAAAAGCUUAAUGGUCUUUAUAUUCUCAUGACGAUAUUGAAAUGAAAUCACGUAUUUCCGAGCCAUCGAUCUC